AGGAAACUACAAGACUAUAUAAGUGUAUUAUUUGGAAUGAUUUGUCAGUUAGAAGGUGGAAAGAGCAACGACAAUAAACCGUCCAAUGAACCAGAAAAUAAGGUUAUGCUCCAACUAUUAGAGGAGCUUUUUACUCUUUCCUAUGGGAAAUGGGAAGUCAUUUUGCAGACAAUAUCAGAGCAGGAAGUUGAAAUUGAUCAAUCAGGAUACUAUCCUCUCAAGGAGAAAACACUUGGGCGUCCAAAGUUUUCAAUUACCAAAGAACAAUUACUGAUUCUUCGCGAGACUGGUAUGAAAUGGGCUAAGGUUGCAGAGUGCCUAAACGUUAGUGAAAGGACAUUAUACAGGCGUGUUCGAGACUAUGGUAUUCAUGGGACAUUUUCCGACAUUUCAAACACAGAAUUGGAUAAAGUACUAAGGGAGAUAUUAUCCAUAACUCCACGUGCUGGAGAAAGCUACAUUCGUGGAAGUUUGAGAAGCAAAGGAAUACUUGUUCAGCGUUGGAGGGUAAGGGAGAGACUGCAAAUCAUAGAUCCUAUUGGAAGGCCAGCGAGGAAAAGUCUAGCAAUACAAAGGAGAGUCUACAAUGUCCCAGCACCAAAUUGUUUGUGGCAUAUGGACUCCAACCAUAAACUCAUAGGAUGGCSAAUAGUAAUUCAUGGAUGUAUUGACGGCUAUAGUYGAACAAUCAUCUACUUGAAAUGUGCCACUAAUAAUUUGGCAAAUACAGYUCUUCAAUUUUUCCAAUCUGGAACUGACAUCUUUGGGAUUCCCAGCAAAGUUAGAGGCGAUUUGGGUGUAGAAAAUUAUGAUGUAGCAAGGUUCAUGAUUCUGCAUCGAGGUGCAAAUAGAGGAAGUUUCAUUACAGGGAGAAGUGUUCAUAACACACGCAUUGAAUGAUUGUGGAGGGAAGUCAAUCGGGUUGUAAACUACAACUACUCUGCUAUAUUCAAGCACAUGGAACAUUACAAUAUAUUGGACUCAGCUAAUGAAAUUGACUUGGCAGCUCUUCACUUUGUGUUCAUUCCCCGUAUAUCGAGAUCUUUGGAACAAUUUACUUCACAAUGGAACUAUCAUGGUAUCAGAACAGCUGGACAUAGCUCUC